CGAAUGAAAGCAUUCAAGAGCAUGACUCAGUCAUGGUGUCCGUCCGUCCGUUGCGUGCAGCAAGCCAUCAAUCAGGUGGUCACCAGCAGCCGUUAAUUGUGGUAGGGUCACACCCACUGUGAGUGCGAUCCAUCCAUCCCGUCAACGACUCCCCACCUCCCUCUCUCCCGCACGCACCAUCCACACACGCACACACCGACGACGAUAAACCGACAGGCAGGCAGGCAGACAGACGGACAAGACAGACAGACUGGCAGACAAACACCACCAUGAUCACUGCUUCCUUGCUCAUGCCAUGCCACCAUCCAUGAGCUCUGAGCGGUGUGUAUGUAAUCACCCGUCUAGUCUAUCAGUCAGUAAGUAGCACAUCAGCACCACCACACUACACGCCACGGGACACAUCUCUCUCCUCUCCUCUCCCAGCAGACAGCUGGCCUCUGUGGUUCUCAUAUAUUCGUGCUGAUGCUCUCCCUUGUGCGACCUACCUCGACACGGUCCUUUCACAGACAUGCCAAAACAAGUCGCAAAAGAAGUAGCGUAGCGUCAGACGAACAUUGCAAACCAGCGGCCACACAACACGCAACUCAUCAUCUUGAUUGAAUCAUGACACCAACCAACCCAGAUGUGGUCGUCCUUCGUGCGAUGUGCCGCCCGCCCAGCCACCUCCCCUCCACCAGCACUGUCCUUCCUUCCACAGACAUGUCAUCUCAUGCCACCACAACGUGGGGGACCAACCCGGCCCGUCAACCAACGACACGAAUGAAACAAACCAGCACACAACACAUCAUCACAUCACAUGAGCGAAACGUCGAUCGAUAAAAGGCCAGUGCAGUCAGUGCAUUCGUCCGUCCGUCCGUCAUCCGUGUCUGUCUGUCGUGUCAGUCAAUCAGUAAGUAAAAAGACACAUCGAUUCGAUGGAUUCGAUGGGAUGAAGGAAUGCAUGAAUCCGUGAGUGAAUGGAAUGAGGCGUGCCAUACGAUGCACUUUGUCCGUCGCACACACAUACACCCUCUGCGCGACUGCCUGCCUGCCUGCCUACGUACGCAAGAACGUUCUGUGCCGUGCCGUACUGUGCCGUGCAGCCAGCCAGCCAGCCAGCCCGCAGCAGCCCCGCCGCGUACACAGUAGACAGCAAGGGCCGACUAAAACACAACCAGCCCCCACAACCACUAUCGUCAGAGUAAAACCCCCAAACACCCCCAAAGACACUUACAGCAAGUGGGUCAAGGCGAGAGGGAGGCAGUGAGGGAAGCCAGUAGCGAUUGCAGGAGGGAGGCAGGGAGGGAGGCAGCGACACGGCAGGGAGGCAGGAAGGGAGGCAGGCGAGAGAGAGUGAGGGCCGACAAAAAGGCGGGGCAGGCCUCACUGUCCUCAUGUAUGUGUGUAUACGUGUAUGUGCGACUCAUCCAGUGUAGCAGGUAGGUAAACCGUCAACAAGAGAGAGAGGGGGAGGGGGGAAGUACAAACAGACGGCCGGCCGGCAAGUAGACAGGCUGGCGUGUCGUGUGCACAUGCGAUGAAAACAGCUGGUACCAGCAGCCAACCAGCCAGGACGACCGACCAACCCCCCUCUCCCUCUCUCUGCGAUGAAAAACGACAGAAGGUACCAAUCCGGUCCAGCAUCAAUCAUUACGAUCCUAUGUUAUGCUAUCACCAAUCCAGCGAUCCAUCACUUGCUCCCUCCCUCCCCCUCCCCCACGUCAAAACCAACACACGCACCGUCCUGCGGCCCAGCCACAUGUGCGUGCGCAGCUGCUGCAUCCUGCUGCUGGUCCAGGUAAAGCAGGAUGCUGUCGAUCAGCAGCGCCUCCGUCAGGUGCAGGUCCACCUCACCCACCUCGCUCCCACUCUCGGUCGUCCGCUCGUCGUCAGAGUGGCUCUCCUCCUCUGACGGACCGCCGCUGCCCUUCUCAUCUCCACCAGUGUCACCCUUGGCGCACUUGGCAAACACCGGCAGGCUCCACUGCAGCGUGUCGAGCCCCACACCGGCCCCCGAGUCCCACCCCCCGCCGCGUGUGGGUGCGCCGGGCGUCCUGGGGUGGGCCGGGAUGUAGUGGAAUCGCACGCGGACGGGGGUCGGUUCGGACACGAUCUCCCGGUCGGGGAGGGGGGGAGGGGAGCCGUGGACGGCGGUCUCUUGGAACUGGAACCGUUUGACGGUCUCCUGCAUGAUGGUGUCGUCGAUGACCUCAUUGUCAGUCAGGUCCGAGCACUCGGUGACCUCGCUGGUGCUGACCGAUGAGGAGCUCGGGGAGGUGUCGUGCGUGUUGGCCAUCUGCGUGGGCGUGGGCGUGCGCCGCCGGCCGCUGUCACCGCCACCACCACCACCACUACCACUACCACUGUUGUCACUCGACCACUCACGGCGCUCGUACACGCCCGCACCGCUGGGCUUGUUGUCUUGUUGCGUUGAUGCGAUAGCAUUGUUGCCAUUGCCAUUGCCAUUGUCAUUGUCACUGUCGUCGUCGAAACGAACAGGCGCCGAAUGACCCACGCCGUCAGCCAGCCGCUCACACGACCGAGACCCACACAGCCGGAACAGCCGCAUCAAGCCGCACUGCUUCCUACCGCCACUGCCACUAGUGCUGCUGCCGACAGAAGAGGCGCUCUUGAGCAUCUUCUGCCGACACGUGAACGACCUGCUGAUGUGCAGGUGCCGCACAUGGGCCACAGUCCGCGCCUGCGCACGGACAUGCUUGAGCCAUCCGGCGAUCGGCUGGUGGUUGUGCUGAUGCUCCGAUCCCGUCAUGAGCGAUGAUCCGCUGCUGGACGGCCGGCUGCCGAUGGUGGUUGAGCGUGCGGGGGAGAAGGGGGGGCUGCAGGUGGGCGUGCCGUCCUCGGCGGAGUCGCCGUGAGGGGUGUCGCUAAGUGAGUUCGCGUCGAAGUAGGGGUCGCUGAGGGACUUGUGGCAUGUCGGCGUCGCCAGAGGGGUGAGAUGUGUCUCGUCUAUCUCCCAAAUCACCGGCAGCACCCGCCUGCACGCAACACACGCAAAGACAGAGGAAUGCCACGUGCCCGUCGCCAUGAAUCUUUCGCCUCGCCUUUUGACGGCUUACGGGAGUUCCGAGAGGUCUCUCUUGACGCAUAGAGGCCCGUCUGACUCCGCGCGUCUGAACAGACGCCUGCGAUUCCACAAAGGCGACAGAUCCAU